AUGGUGUUUUUAGCGGUUGAUUACGUCAAGUUAUGUUCAAUGGUAUAAGUUAGGCAGUUAUUUAACCGAGCGGUUGGUUCGCAGCCGAACAGUCGGGUAGACGCGGCGGACGCUGCGUUUGCUUAAGUUAUCAAGUAAAUUUAUGUGAUAUUAGUUACUUGUGUUAUUUUUCAGUUUUACUAUCGGAUAGUGUUGUGAACUUUUUUUUAAUUUUGAGUGUACUGAAACCUUAUAAAAGGGCAUCGAUAAAAUCACUCAAGAUUAAAUAGAGCAUGUACAAUAUCCAACAUAAAAGAAGCAUUUAAAAUUAUACAAAAAUAAGAUGGCGCCACAAGAGCGAACUUCUUGUUGUGAGCAGGAGGACGAUUCCCGCCAAAAGGCGGUCAUAGACAACAACCUGUCAAACAUCGAUUUGAGCGGGAGCUUUAUUAACAAAGCGUUCACAAAUGACAGCACAGAUAAUACAAGUAAUACGACAAAUAAAAUAAGUGAUACUAUAAAUAAUAAUGGAAAUGAAAACGAAAAGAAACCGACAGACUUUGACGAUCUAUUACCUUAUGUCGGUGAAUUUGGAUUAUAUCAGAAAAUGUUGUUCCUGUUAAUGAUACCGUUUGCAUUUUUUGUCGCAUUCGUUUAUUUCUCACAAAUAUUUAUGACCAUCGUUCCUGAGCAGCAUUGGUGCUGGGUUCCUGAGCUGGCUAAUUUAACAGUUGAAGAAAGGCGAGCAUUAGCGAUACCACCAAAGUCCGAGGGUCCGUACUCGCACGACAGAUGUCGCAUGUACUCCGCGGACUGGGCAGCGGCACUAGCACAGGGCAGGACCACGCCCGACGACGAGUGGCCCAUUAUACCCUGCACCCACGGCUGGGAGUACAACAAGAGCGAUGUGCCCUAUGACACCAUAGCCUCUGAGUUGGACUGGGUUUGCGAGAAGGACAAUCUACCUGCAACCGCGCAGGCUAUCUUCUUCUGUGGAGCCAUCGUGGGCGGGUUGGUAUUCGGCUGGAUAGCAGACAAGUACGGACGGAUACCAGCUCUAGUUGGUACGAACUUGAUGGGUUUCACGGCGGGCUUGGGAACCGCGUUCUGCUCUACCUUUUGGUCCUUUGCGCUGUGCCGCUUCCUCGUCGGCCUCGCCUUCGACAACUGCUUCACUAUGAUGUACAUCCUCGUUUUGGAAUACGUUGGUCCGAAAUGGAGGACAUUCGUGGCGAAUAUGUCGAUCGCUCUCUUCUUUACGCUGGCGGCCUCGCUGCUGCCCUGGAUCGCGCUGCUGGCGGACGACUGGAGGCUGUUCGCUGCUGUAACCAGUGCUCCCUUCAUACUGGCCCUCGCGACCCCCUGGGUGGUCCCGGAGAGUGCUAGGUGGCUAGUAUCCCAAGGUAAAAUAGACAAAGCAUUAGUCAUAAUGAAAAAGUUCGAACGGAUCAACAAAACAAAGAUACCCGACAAAGUACUAAACGAAUUCACUGAAUCAUCUCUGAAAACGAUUAAAGAAAGCGAAGCGGAAUCCCGCAGUUACUCCGUACUGGAUCUCUUCAAGACGCCUCGUCUGCGGAAGAACGCAAUCCUACUCAUCAUCAUCUGGAUGGCCAUCUCUUUGGUCUUCGACGGUCACGUGAGAAAUGUGGGCUCUUUGGGCUUGGACAUAUUUCUUACGUUCACCAUUGCCUCUGCCACUGAGUUGCCUGCAGAUACAUUUUUGACAGCGGUACUUGAUAGAUGGGGCAGAAGAUGGCUGGCGUGCGGCUCCAUGGUCAUUAGUGGUAUUUUCAGUUUGUUAGCCACGGCUGUACCAGUUGGUGGUCCAUCAGCGUCAUUGGCUAUAAUGGGCAGGUUUGCGGUGAACAUUUCGUACAACAUCGGACUCCAGUACGCGGCCGAGCUGCUGCCGACAGUGGUGCGGGCGCAGGGCGUCGCCCUCAUUCACAUCAUGGGCUACGUCGCCUCUAUAGUCGCACCAUUUGUUGUCUAUCUGGCUAACAUCUCACAAGACCUUCCACUGCUGAUCCUGGGCGUACUUGGAGUGAUGGGAGGUCUGUUGUGCCUCUUCUUACCGGAGACCAUGGACACUGAAAUGCCUCAGACUCUUCAGGACGGGGAGAACUUCGGGAAAGAUCAGAAGUUCUGGGAUAAUCCUUGCUUCUCCAGGAAAACAGUCGAUGAUGAGAGUCCAGAGAGGUACACCAAACGAGCCUCAGUUGCACACGAGGAGCCUCAGUUCAUUAGGUCAGUGCCCAGUGCCAUCAGCUCGAGAGCCUCUAUCAGGGCCUCAGUCAGAGCCUCCGCGAGAGGCUCGCUUAGGAAACGGGAGGUCAGCAGAAAGAGAGAAAUGGUAUAAAGACUUGUUGGAAACAUAUUGGAAAGAUCUCGAAUGUAUUGUUAAUAUUUUUUUCACGUUUAGUACAAAUUUUAAAUCCUUAAUGUAAGAAAGACCAACAUUAUAAAUGUACUAUUAAAUAUUUAAAGCUGUGUUUCUAACAAAAUACAACGAGCCAGUUAAUAUGGAAGUUGUAAGUCAAAAUACGUUGAAGUACAAAAAAUCUAUGACGCAUGUUUUUCAAGAGCAAGUUGACUUACAGGCAUUUUUGAAUCCAAUACAGUUCUUGCCUAAAUAUAUCCGUAGUAUGGAUAUUUAUUUAUUAUACUUGAAUUUUGCCCGAUUUCUUGCCUUAAUGUGAUUUUGU